AUGUUGAGGGUAUCAAAAGAUAAAGUCUUUGUCAUAUACAAGAACACUGUACAAAUUUACUCUUCAGAGCUGGAGAAAGUGGGCCAUGUAGUAUGUGAAGGCAACGUGAGUGGUGUAGUAGAAUUGGCAAACAAACAUUAUGUGACUGUUGGAGACGAUAAAAAGAUCAACGUCUUUGAUGAGGGUUUCAGAAAGAUACGCGAAAUUAUGUUGACGAAAAAGUUGACAUCUAUUAUAGCCGACGAAAACGUCUUUUUGGUGUCUGACAAGUUUGGAGACGUUUUCAAAUUUACAGAGGAGGAUAUUCCAAAGGUGGAGGAGCAAAAAGACGAGAAAAAGGAGAAAGAGAACAAAGAGUGUGCUACAAAGAACAUAGUGAUUACCCAUUUUAGUGUCAUCAACGAAAUUUCUUUCACGAAGAAAAAGAACGCAAUAGUCUCGUGUGACAGAGAUGAAAAGGUCCGCGUCACGCGAUACCCACGAACGGACAUCAUCCAAAGCUUUUGUUAUGGAUUUGUUGAGUUAGUCACUUCUGCCAAGACUGAGGAAAUUGAUGGGAGAGGUGUUGUAGUGUGUGGAGGGUGUGAUGGUAAAGUACUUUUCUUUUGGGUCGACAAUGGUGAAGAAAUAGGGCGAUUGCAGUUUGAACCGAGUAACGUUGUAAUUGUUUAUGAUGCUCUUGUUGUUAAUAAGAGCAUUCAGUGCCUUGUCGGUAUUGAAGGAGAAGCGCUUUACUUAGUAAAAGCCACUUAUAACGCGAACAGUGGCAAAUUAGAGAACGUCGAGAAGAAUGAUAUCUUUGGGAAGGUGAAAGGGGCUCAGCGAUAUAAAGAUGACACUUUAGUGUACACCGACAAGGAUGAGUUAGUGCUCGUUCAAGCGAAGAAAAGUAUUCCAAUAAGUGGAGAAGGAAGUUCUGCAGAGUUGAAAAAUGACGGAGUGAAUUUCAAAGAGCAACGCAAGGUCAUUGAACCUGCAAAGCGAUUUGUAGGCAUUGAAGAAGAUGAUGGGAAAAGAGAGAAGAAAAGUGAGUGA